AUGGACGAAAAUAUAAGUACAUUAUAUAAUAGUAGUAAUAAGUUGAUUAAUGAAUCAAAUAGUAUAAGUUUUAGUAAUAAUAUUAAGAAUAAUGCGAUAAAUACCGAAUUUAUUAACAGUCAUAAUAUUGAAUUAAGCAUCGCAUCAAACGUUGCUUCAAAUAUUAAUGAUAUAAAUAUUGACAUGAUUAAUGAUAUGAGUAAAUGUUCUAAAAAUCAAAUAAAUUAUAAUAUUUCCAAUGAUAUAAUGAAUACUGUUCCUUCUACAAAUUGUGAUGUGACCCAUGAUUCUGUGAGCAGCGUUCCUAACAAUGCUUUUGAAAAUGUUGAAAAUGUGAAAAAUGUUGAAAAUGUUGAAAAUGUGAAAAAUGUUGAAAAUGUUGAAAAUGUUGAAAAUGUUGAAAAUGUUGAAAAUGUUGAAAAUUAUGAGAAUAGCGAAAAUGUUGAAAAUUAUGAGAAUAACGAAAAUAUCGAAAUAAUGGCUAAACAAAAAGAAGUAGUAACACCGGCACCACAAGUUUUAUCAAUAAAAAAAAAAGUCGGAAGACCCAAAGGUGCAACAUCAUCAAAUAAAAUAGUAAAAAAAGAAGAAAAAGUGUCGACAUCAUCAUCUGGAUAUCCUGGUGUUAGUUGGAAUAAACGAAUGUGUGCAUGGCUAGCUUUUUUUUAUGAUGGGUCAUCACGAAGAAGUCGAACAUUUCAUCCUAAGCAUUUUAAUAUGAACAAAGAUCAUGCUAGAUUAGCAGCUGUAGAAUUUAUGAAAUCAUUAGAUAAUCAUGGAAGAAAAAAAUCAACAAAAAUUAAAGGAGGAAAAAAUAAAAUGAAACAAAUAAAUAAUGAAGAUAAUAUAAUGCAUAAUAUAUCUCAAAAUUUAGAUCAUUCAAAUAAUUUAAUUGCUUUAAAUAAUAAUAUGCAUAUGAUGGCAAUAAACCCAGCAUUUUAUAUGCAAAGCUCAAAUAGAAAUUAUAAUAUUGCUAAUACAAUUCAUAAUGAUAGAAAUAAUUUAAACAUAUAUAAUAAUACCCCUCGUCAUCAUUCGCUAAAUAAUAAUAAUAAUAAUAUGAACCAUAUAAAUAAUUUAUCUAAAGUUAUGCGAGAUCAUAAUGGGGUUUAUUUGCAUAAUAGUCAUAAUAAUAAUAAUAAUCCUAAUUCAAUUUAUAAUAAUAAUAAUAAUAUGCAUAUGCCAAAUAAUCCUAACAAUAAUCAUACAUCCAAUAAUGAUCAUAAUAAUAUAAAUUAUUUAAACGAAUUAAUUUUCCAUUCCAACAUUUUACAAAAUGGUGGUGGACCAUCAUCUUCUUCUCAUCCAAUAAUGGGCUCAAAUGGUAUCGGAUUAGGAACCGAUUUAAAUUUUUUUGAUAGAAACAUAAAUAAUGGUAAUAUUAAUGAUAUAUUAAAUUUAGAAGAAAAUUUAGGGAUACAAAAUAAAGAUAUAGAAAGAUUAAUGAGUACAUUAUUUAGGAAAAAUUAUAAUAAUAUAAAUAUGAAUAUACCAAAUAUGGAUGAUCAUUUUUUUCAUAAUAAUAAUAAUGGUAACUCUAAUAAUAAUAUUAAUAGUAAUGGAAGUAAUACUAUAAAUGAUAAUAAUAAUAAUAAUAUUUCUGUAAUUAAUAAUAACGGUGCUGGUGCAUUACAUGGUGUCGACCCAAUAAACGGUGUUCAUAAUAAUCAUAGAAAACGAGGAGGAAAUAAUGAUAAUAAUAAUAAUAGUAGUAGUAAUAAUAACAAUACAGUAAAUUCAUUAAAUAGUGCAUCUUCUCAAAAUACACAUAUUUAUUUAUCUAAUAAUAAUGGAGGAGAUAUAUAUGAUACUAACAACCUUAACAAUUCUAAUAAUGUUCAUAAUUUUUAUGAUUAUAAUUAUGAUAUAUAUAGAGGAGAAUCAGGAAAUGGAAAUAAUAAUAAUAUAUCACCACAUAUAAUUGAAAUGAUGCAUAGAAUGAAUAAUGAUGUAAAAGAAGGAAAUAAUUUGGAGAAUAAUAUAAAUGCUAAUUUCAACGACAUAAAUUAUAUUAUACAUGAAAAUUCUGGAUGGUUAAAUCAAAUAAGACAUACUCAUAAUAAUAUUAUAAAUAAUAAUUCUCGUGACAUAUGUGAUCUUAAUUUAUCAUCAGAUCAUACAAAUCAUAAUAUUAAAAAUCAAAUUGAAUUAAAUAAAAGUAAAAAAAUAUCUAAAGAUUCUCCAUUUAGUAGGCCUAUAUUAAACAUUGCAACUCGACCAACUGAACAAAUUAUUGACACAAUAGAUGAUAAUAAUAAUGGUAAUAAUAUUAAUGAUAAUGAAAAAAUUUCAAGAUAUGAUAUGAAUUCGAUUUCAUGUAAUUGUUCUCCUCAUAUAAAAAAUCAAAAAAAUCACUAUUGUGUAUAUUAUAAGCACAACAAUUUAUCUCAGUAUCUUAAUGAUAAUAACACAAAUUAUAAUUAUAUGAAUUGGGACCCACACAAUACUAACAAUAAUAAUAGCAAUAAUAAUAAUAGUGGUGGUCAUAACAAAAGUAGUAAUAACAAUGUAAUCAGCGCAACUGAUAAGGGUGAUGUUGAAUCAAUAGGAGAUAUCAGUAAUAGUAGUGGGAAUAAAGUAGGAAUAAUAACUGACCCCAACAAUAAUAAUAAUAAUAAUAAUGCAUUUCAUAAUAAUAAUAAUUAUCCAAAUAUUGCAAUGCCAAAAUAUUUACAUUACCAACAAAUUCAACCAACUAUUAAUAAUCAUGAUAAUAUAAAUAGUAGUAAUAAUAAUAAUAAUAAUAAUAAUAAUGGAAUGCAACAUAUAAUUAAGCAAAAUACAAAUUUUAUUCCAAAGGUGUUAAAUAGUCAUUUUAAUAAUAAAGCUAAUAAAAAAGAAAAUAGAAACAAUUUAAUAUCAUCCGUACCACAUGGAAUAAAUAACAUAUCUCCACAAUAUUGA